AUGUCAACACAUUCACAUUUCGGUAUAUUCGUGCUUAACAAAUUUGAAGUCAAUAAUAAGUUUUGUUCGGAACGAAGAAUAAAGUCUAUAAGGUUUACAAUACAAUAUUCUGAUGUAUCAGUAACUACUCCUGGAUACGGAUUAACACUAAAUCAAUCCGUUAUUAAUUUAAAUGACAUAACAUUUAAAUUUGUAUUGAAUCCCCGGUUAGAUGUCAUCUUUACAUGUUGGAAUACUGAAAAAUUAGGAAAUGAUGCUAUGAUUGAAAAAGUCAGAGCACGUUUACAAGAUGAAAGAAAGAAUCGUUUUACUAUGAAAUUCGUUGUGGGUUCUUUAUCAAUGAUGCUUUUCUUUUUAUCUGGGGCACCACCUAUAGAUAAUAUGAUAAACAUAGGAUGCCCAUUUAGGACGAAUGAUGUUGUUGGAGCUCUUUUAAUCUUUGUGAAUGCAAAUUCAAUUAAGCUCAAUCAAAAUCAAGCAAUCGAAUCUAUUGAAUUUGAGAUGAACAAUGAAAGCAAAUCUUUAUUAUUUAAUGAUAUAAAAGAAACAAAUCCAAUAUUAUUGCGACUAAUUUCACAAGAGUACUCGAUCUUAAAUGUUUCGUUCAAAAUAAGAUAUUUCAAGUAUAUAAAGAUAAUCCGUGAAUGUGUUAAGACCGCCAUUGAUCUUAGAAAGGGAAAUGAUGGGAAAUAUUGGAAAGCCUUAUUAGAAGAAGGUUCAGUCGAAGUGAUCCAUCAAUUUAAUAAUGGACCGAUUACUGGAAAAAUCAGUUUAAAAAUUUCUAUAAAUACAAUCAUUUAUUUAAAAAAUAAUAUACCAGAUACAGUUAUACCUCAACCUAUCCGUAUUCCACCGGGUACAACAGAAAUGUCAUUACCUCGAUCUUCAUUAACUCAAUCUGACUAUUCAUCCUCCAGUCGACAAAUCCUUUCUUCCACUUCAUUACCUCUAUCCGACUAUUCAUCCUCCAGUCGGCCCGAAAUUCUUCCUUCCCCGCCAUCAGAAGACGAACGUAGUAAUGCUUCUAGCCAAAGCAGCAUUGCUGAUACCUGCACCAUUGUUGCCGGAAAAUAUAUGAUAGAUCCCUCAGUUGAUUUAAUUGAAUUAAAGAAUCAGAAUAAAUUCAGAAAUUUGGUGAUAAAUGGGCGACAUAUAAAUAACGGAAAACUCGUGGUGAUUAAGAUUUUUAAUAAUAAAAUCCAUUACGACUACGAGACCAAAUUUCUUAAGGAAUUAAAAUCUUCUCAUGUGGUUGAGUGGGAAGAUGGAGAAUCAUCCCAUCUGGGAUAUGUUUCAAUAACAGCCCAUCAUGGACAUACUUUGGAGUCCGAGAUCGAAAGAGUUGAUAAUGACCCUCUGAAAAUUAAAAUGACAUUGAGGGAUAUCGCUCGUGCAGUUUAUUAUGUGCACAGUAAAGGAAUUGUGCAUUUAGAUUUAAAGCCUAGUAAUAUUAUUAUCGGCCAGAAGAAAUGGUUAGACAUUCGUUUGGCAGAUUUUGAAUCCGCUCGUAAAGCCGACACUUUAAUCAAAACUGGGAACGACACUUUCUUGUAUUCUAUGGGCUAUUCGGCACCAGAAAUUUUGUGGGAAUCUGACUUAUCAGUCAGUUAUUCCAUGGAUAUAUUCAGUCUCGGCUGUCUUUUUUAUUUUCUCUUCACCAAACGGAAAAUAUAUGAUGGUAGUGAGGACUUGAAAAAAAUGCUCGAAACUUCUAAGCCAUUUGAUCCGUUAUUAUCUGAAAUCAAGGAUGCGCAAGCUUCUCGUUUAAUGUCGCAGAUGCUACAGGCAAAAGGGAAGGAUCGUUUAGCCCUUCAUAAUCUAAUCAAUUCAAACUUUUUUGCUGGUGGGCCAGAUACGGCAGAGAGAAUAAAUGGAUUUACCAAGGGAAUAGAAGAAAUAAAAAAAUUGAUUAUUAUGAUUUAUUAUAUAGUCGCAUGGGGUAGUUUUAUUAUAAAAAUUCAGAGAUUAGUUCUUGUCACGCCUUUGGUUGAAAAGAAGAAAAAGAAAACACCCACGGUUUUCGUCAUUCUCCCCAAGGUGAAUGAAUCUAAUGAAUCUCGGAUUCCGCCAAUUAAAGAAUGGGGCCAUGAUACUUUUAAAUUGCACUUACUGUGCGAAGGUUUAAACUGCUCCGAGACAAACCUUCCUCCGCAUGAAACCAACCACGGUGGGUACACCAUUGCAGAGCCCAAUACUUUUUUCAGACUCGCAGCUGGAUCAAUAGCAACUUCCAUCGCUCUUAUUCAGGUUGCUAGUUCUUACCAGAAUAUUGAUUUGAAUGGUUUCACGAUAGCGAAAAUGUUCUGGAAAAAAUCAAAGAGCACCUUGAAUAAAUUUAAGCAACUAAAAACUAUUAUCGACGAGAACAUGGAUGAUAAAAUCCAUAUUGAUACAAGAGAUAAUGGACCCUUCCAACGCGAACUUGAAAAAAUAUUAGGAGAGAUUGAUAAGAAGAAUAAAUUAGGGAAUCUACACUGGGUCUGCAUGAAAGAAUCUAAUGAAAUCCGGUGGAUUUGCGAAGAAUGCCAUUCAUUUGCGAAAAAGAAUGACUUAAUUCUAUAA